CGGUAUGAACGGCUACGGGUCUCCGUACCUGUACAUGGGGGCCCCGGUGGCCCAGCCCCGGGCCCCGCUGCAGAGGACCCCGAAGUGCGCCCGGUGCCGCAACCACGGCGUCCUGUCGUGGCUCAAAGGCCACAAACGCUACUGUCGCUUCAAGGACUGCACCUGCGAGAAAUGCAUCCUCAUCAUCGAGAGGCAGCGUGUCAUGGCCGCACAGGUGGCCCUCCGCCGGCAGCAGGCCAACGAGAGCCUGGAGAGCCUCAUCCCGGAGGCCCUCAGGGUGCUGCCGGGCAUCGGAGGGGCCGCGGCCGGGGAGGGGAACCAGGGAGCCCCGCAGAGGACGGAGGAGGUGGAGCUGAGGUGGAGCAGCAGGGACACGCUGCAGGCCGGAGCUCCGACGUGCACAGACCCGACAGAUGACGCUCCCGAUGAGGGCUCCGGGGCUGAAAACGGUGGGAGCUCCAGCGAGAAGGACCAGGACCAGGACCCGCUGAGCUCCCCAGAGGGCUCCAAACCGAGCUCCUGCUACACCCCGGAUCCUCCAGGGACCCCCACCCAGCCGGAGGAGAGCCGCUACAGGCUCCCCAAAGCCGGCAGCGCGGAGAAGGAGGUCAAAUCCGAGAGUCCUCAGAAGGAGCAAGGCGUGCUCAUCGAGGGCCUCUCGGGCUCCAUCAACCUGCCCUUCAGCCUGAGGGCCAACCGGCCUCCUCUGGACGUCCUCAAGAAGAUCUUCCCCUCCCACAAGCCCCCUGUGCUGGAGCUCAUCCUGCGGGGCUGUGGAGGGGACCUAGUGGGGGCCAUCGAGGUCCUGCUGUCCAGCCGGAGCCCAGAUGGAAACGCACACCCUGACCCAUCAUUGCCCUCAAAUGGACACCUGUUCGAGCACACUCUUGGCUCCUACCACCCGGUGUCCACCUCCACCAAGUGGUCUGUGGGCUCUGCUUUCCGAGUCCCAGAGUCCCUCCGGUUCUCCUCCGACUCUGGCACCGGGGUCCCGCUGCAGCACCCGUCCUUCCCGCAGCCCACGCGUUACCCACUCAUGCUGCGCAACUCCCUGACCCGCAGCCAGGCCAACACCUUCAUGCACAACGACGUGACUCUGUGGAAUACCAUGGCUCUGCAGCAGCAGUACCAGCUGCGCUCGGCGGCCCAGUACGUGUCCCCGUUCUCCUCCUCAUCCUCCUCCGGGUCCCUGUUCCGUGGCUCCCCGGUGCUCCCCUCCAGGGCCUCGGAGGAGCGCAUCAGUGUCCAGGAGGAGAGCUGCACGCUGGGACCCAAACCGGGCCUCUACUCCCCGGAGGAGGAGUACGAGGAGCGCUCCGACUCUGCAGACUCCAGAAUCCUGAACUCCUCCACCUGAAGGAGCUGCUGUAAGGACUAAAGAAAACAGCAGCGGACACCAAAUAUGUAUUAUUAUGAAUGGACACCCUGUGUGUGUGUGUGUGUGUGUGUGUGUGCGUAAAAGCUGGUUAUCCGUGCGUAAAAGCUGGUUAUGCGUAAAAGCUGUUUAUCCAUAACUGUGUCAAACAAUCCCCCUCUGAUAAGGUGACGUGGACACACAACCAAAACACGGAUGAAUGCACCGAGACUGUCUUUGUUCCCUGCAGCAUGUUUAGAACUGUGAACACUUUCGAUGUUACGGAUCAUCAAUGCAUGUGAAGAGUA